CGGGAGUAGUUGUGUACAGCUGCAACAAAGGCCACCCCGGUAGACGACGGCCGGCUAGUCCUCGUUGACACGACGCACGCUCAAGAGCUUCGGCAAGGACCGAACGGAAAGGAACUUUUUCGUCUGGCCAUCUGGCGCCUGCGAAAGUGAAUGAGCGAGCGCGGACGUUCCGUCAAGGAAUCGCGGAGGACGAUCGUCUCACCCCUGAUGACAGAUAUUGCCGCCCCUGGUAGCGCCGAGUAGGCGAUCACAGCGCGUGCAGAUCGUACAAGAGAUCCAACGGUUUUGUGAAUUCGGAUCACAGACGGUGACCUGGUGCCAGCGGAUGACAGCGAAAGACAUAUUUCUCUUGGAGACUGACCCGAAUCAGUGUUAAAGGUUUUGGAAAACUGACGGGGAAAUGCUCACCUGUUCCUGCUGACUGACGUUACGGGAAGCAGAUCAGUUUUGUGUCGACGGGAGAUGUUAAUCAGAGUGCCAUGGAUCCGUACCAAGAUUCGUGAAGCGGUGACAAGUGAUCACGGGAAUCUCAUGAUCCGGCCUCGUGUACUGAACGAAUUGCGUUCAGUUUCGUGUGACAGAUCAAGCGCUGGACGCGUCGUCUGAAGCCUCACCUCAAUUCCGGGGUGUUCCGGGCCAAUGACAUGAUUCCGUUAAUCGUUUGACACAGACUGAGCGCUCCAACGAUCGUAGUGAGGAGGAUCUUGAAACUCAGCAUUAAUAUUUUAAAUUGAGUGUAUCACGAUCUCACGAACAUUGCCGAAACUAAUCGAUUGCCUGAGCAGUGCACGAUCUUAUCCGAGAUGCACUUUACGGUGAGAGACACGUGUGUCCGAGGGUUCCGUCGCGUGAUCAGCGAACUCUAGUGCAUCCACAGAGUCUAAUUCGCGUGAUCCUCCAUCAGCGAGGGUGGUAAUCAGACUCGCAGCGAUCUCGGCGAAGAGAACUCUUCCGUACGAGUCUCCGACGAUGGAUUCUCAGCAACUCGUUGACACGGCAUCCCAGAACAGUCAGGACCUUGUCCUGCCGAAGCCGACCAGUAGCACCCCGAGACACAGCAUUGAUGCGAUCCUUGGAUUGGCCAGCCAUAAAAGGACUCAUCAAGAGAUGGAGGACACUAGUCGCGACACGCAGGAGAACACGGGUGAGAACAGCUGCAAUUCCACCGGUGGUGGCAGCGACGAGGAACUCGGCACGGGUUGCGGAGACGACAUAAAUGGUAACGGUGGCAAGAAGAAACAUCGCCGCAACCGGACGACCUUCACGACCUACCAGCUGCACGAGCUCGAGCGGGCGUUCGAGAAGUCCCACUACCCGGACGUCUACUCCAGGGAGGAGCUCGCCAUGAAGGUCAAUCUGCCGGAAGUUCGUGUUCAGGUCUGGUUUCAGAACAGACGAGCCAAGUGGCGUAGACAGGAGAAAAUGGAAGCCGCGAGACUGGGCCUGAGCGAGUACCAUCACGCAGCUAACAUGAGGAACGUCGCCGGCCCGGCUCUAGGUCUGCCAGGGGAUCCUUGGCUAGCACCGCCAGGGUUGCUCAGCGCACUUCCCGGUUUCCUUGCUGCACCUCACACGGGAUACCCCAGUUAUCUGACGUCUCCCAGGCGAUUGCCGUCACCGCCGAACGUCGGCGCUGUGGCUAACGCCGUUCCAGAAAUUACGUUUUUCUUGCAGGAUCGCUUGCCAGCAGCAUGGCGAGCAUAAGUGCCAGCGGCCACGUGCAACCACCACCGCCGAGUCCGCCGGGGCACGAUCCGCGCACCUCGAGUAUCCAGGCGCUCAGGAUGCGGGCCAAGGAGCACGUCGAGAGCAUCACCAAAGGCCUGCAGAUGGUUUGAAGGUUAACCACCGAGGAUCCGCCGAGGGAUACGCGUCGAGGCAUCGCGCUCGUGGCGGCGUGACGAGCUACCCCUCGCCAUCCCAGACAUUCCGGAGAUCCCAAAGAGUCGGCUGAGCAGCGAGAGCGGUACGUCGACCGACGAGAGCACGAGAGAGUUCUUUCCGCGAUGUAGGGAGUAGGCAUCCCCGACGAUGCUGGACGCGACGCAAGUACGAGAGCCUUCGCGAGACGAAGUCGAUCGUCCGCGGAGGAUAAAUUCCCGGUUAAGAGAAAGAUGAUCUUGCUCUUCUGACUGGUACCGACAGUUACCGGAGUUUACUGGUUACCGGCGACGACGGCGUUAGAUGACUACAAGAAUUAAAACUGCAAGGAUCGACGAUUGUAGAUCGGUGGGUGUACCUUCGACAAUCGUAGAGACUGUAAGUGUGUGUGAUAAUUGCCAGGUGUCUAGGAGCGAUGAGUAUGUGUUCAUGAUUGAGAACGGGCUGAGAGACGCUGGAAAUAUCGAGAGUAACCUAAUGAUUUUAUUCUAAAAAUGAUCCUUAAUUUUACACAAAUUCGUAGAAGGAUUAUAGAAGAAGCAAGAUUUUCCUAUGAAAAGAAUUUGAUCAAGGAAAGAUUUUCCGUAAAACGGCAAAGAGAACAUAGAAAAUGUCUAAGGAACGUUUGUAAGAUUAAGAUGCCUCUUAGGCACUUGCUCGUGACGCUUUUGAUAAUUAUUAAAAUGACAGUAGUUACCACAAACGGUCAACUGUACACACAAACUCACGACUGGCAAGACACUUUAGAACGAAUUGAGUGAAAAAUUUCCUCUAAGUCGGUAUUGUGCAAUAGUCGAGAGAAAUUAAGUUGCGCAGACUUGUCGCAUAGUCAAAGUAAAGACAAAGAAGAACAAAGAUCGAUUAGCUUACCAUUAUAUUGUUAACAGUCUCUCAUUUAUUGUGACUUGUGUGACUAAAUUAAAUUACCUUUCGCAGCGUUUGGGAAGAGAACGUUGAAGAUACACGAACAGUUUUCAAAGGGCAUGAUAUUUGACUCUUGGAAAUUACUUGCACAUGCGAUUUCAUUGCCGAAAGGUCAAAGUGGACGUUACCUAAUUUUGUAAAUCGAUAUCGUCGAUCAUCGCGAAUAACAGCAAUCUAGUUUUACAUUUAUUUGUGACUAGAUUGUUGAUCAAUUUAUUAAUUCGUUUAACUAAUUUAUACAAUUUUGUAUUCCAUGUAUUUUGCGGUAUAUUUCGUAUUACUCGACAUGACGCACAAUAAACGAGCGACGAUGAGAAAUCAGACGAUAUCUCUCACAAAACGAAUUGGUUUACGAUCCUCGAAUGUUGGUUAUAAACAGAUGUCAAUAAAUUAGCGUCAAUUUAUAUAUAUAUAUAUAUAUCCAUAUAUAUAGAUAUGUGGAAUAUUUACAUCAUCGCUCAAUACCUCAGCUAUUUCAAGCAGUGAAAAAUAGCUGAUAUCACUUUUGGUUUAUCUCUCGUCUAUUUCGAAACGCACGUAUAAACUUAUAAUUUAGAUAUUUCGCGCAUAAAGCUUCCACUUUUGGCUUUUGCGUUAAGCACAAAGAAAAUCCUCAUCAUUUCUUGCUCCUUGAACCUCGUGCUCCGCGUUGCGUUGCCGUUAAUCACAAUACAAAGAAACAGAAAUAAGAAAGGAUCUCUUCACUUUCCGAGGAGAGAAAAAGAGAGAAAGAGAAAGAGAGAGAAGAAGAACCAGAGAUCGAUCUGUUUGACAAAUACGUCCAUUAUCGAAUAAUUGAAUAUCCUGUAUAUGAUAGUGUCUUAGGACAAGCGGGGGCGCAAUAAGCGGAAAGGAAUGCUGUUGUUUGAUAAGGAUAUACCUUAAAAGAGCAACUUAGACGUUAAUAGCACUGCGCGAUCAGAUCGAGUAACGCAUCGCGGAGCGUAUUCGAUUCGCGCUCGUCGACCGCAUGCUUUCUCGCGACUCGAGACAAGUUGCAUUCAAGACCCUUCGUAGCAGAAUACGUGCGACUGAAAUGUCGUUUUAACGUUUGAACGUAAAAAGGUAAAGCCGGUUAUUUACAAAAGCUCCUGGAUCGGCGACGCUCAUGUAGCCGACGGCGAUCGUGCAUCGGCGAACUAGCGAAAUAUCUCUUGUAGAAUAUAGGAUAAAGAAAAAAAGAGAGAAAGAGAUGAGACACGGAGGCGAGAGAAAUGUGAAUUUUGACAUAAACAAUAUUCUGCAGUAUUAAUACGUUAAGGCGAAGAAUUGUGCAUAUUCUAUCUAUAGACGCCAUCGUGGUAUGUAAAUUCCGGAGAGCGCGGAGGAGGAUUCGUCACCACCGAUCAACGUUUAACAAUUGAAUGCGAAGCUCGACUCGCGACAUGCAAAAUCGUAAGGCUUCAAAAAAUAUCAUUUUUCGAUUAAGAUGAGUCCAAAAUCUUUUCUUUAAUUUGUCUGCGCCAAGAAGUUUACGUUAAAAAGACGAAAGCAUGUUUGGAGCCUCUACUUUGUCAGACAUAAUACGGAGUUUGGCUAAAAAAAGGCAGUUUUCGUUAGCUCGAUGUACUGUUCUUACAGCUCCUUACGAUUUCGCAGACCAUAUUUCUUUUCUGAUACUUGCACGCGGAUCAUUCACAAGUGCGAGCCGGUCAGCCUCCGCGGUCCAUAAACGAGAACUCGUAGAAAACGAAGAAACGUAGUUAGUCACUUCCCGGACGUCUAUUUGUAUAUAUACCCGCUCGUGACAGAAUAAAAGAUUCGAUGUACAUAUUUAAUCGUACCAUAUCGUUUGAAAGACAGGGCCUCCUUUAUUGAAAUAAAAAUACAAACGAUAAUAAUAUUGAAAAG